AAAUUAGCGCGCUAGCAUCACUCGAAUACACUGAGCCUGAGUGAAGGACUCCAAUGGUUAAUCUGCAUUCGAGCGUUUCCUUUCUGGGUUGGUUAGGCUUGGUUAUCACUCAGGUCCACCAUCACUACAAUUCCAUCGUCUCCGGCAACAGCAUCACUCUAGUUGACAUUUGCAAAGAGUCCUUACCUAUAUACACAAUCGUCUACACAACCGUCAGGGUCAGACUUCCAUAUUGUCUAGGCUGCCCUUUGUUCCCUCCUGCCUCAUUGGACUUGACCCCGCUAGAGGGGCUCGAGGACUAAAAAAAAGUGGGUGGUGGAUAUCAAAUCGACACAAUGAAGCGAAGGAGAAGCCUUUGCGGGGACUCAGAUGGCUCUCAACCUGAGUUAUCCCCGGAAAGGAAACUGGCCAUGUACCCAGCAAGUCCUAUCAACACAAAUUCCGAGACAGCCGGCAACCAACCAAACGAAACUCCUCAGCUCCUUCAUCUCCUAACACAAUACAGUACCCUCGAAUGCUUAGCUGCUCACUUGUUUGCUAAGGAUCUCUUAUCAUUGGCGUCCACGUCACGAGCCGCUCACCAAGCAAUGUUACGCAGUCGCGAAAGCACAUUUAACCUCUUGAAGAAGGCAUCGUGCGAUGGCUCGGGUGUUCGAAUUCGCCGAACCUUUCACCAAAAGUCAAGGUUCUUUCAUGACUUUGACUGUCUGGAGAACACUAGGUGUGGUACGGACGAGAAGAAUUGGCCCGUCGCGUCUCAUCCAUGCAUCUCAUGUGGCGUUAAAACUUGUCAGGAGUGUCGAACGCAUUGCGUCUACCAGAACUGCUACCAACCUGCAGAUGAAGAGGAUGAAUUACCAAAUUACAGUGGCCAUGUUCUUCUCAGCGAGCACGAGAUGUCGAUCCUCAGCCCUGAACACCUUGGCGAAACAGGGUCUUGGACGUCCUCCACCAGUUUGCCACAUCAUGACGAGGGGUUUUUGGAUUCGCCCUUAGACUCUGGGGCUUUCUCAGGCAUUGAACUAAUCGACGACAUCAUCGACACGAAUUUGGGAAAAGGAGAGUUAAAAGGCACCGAUUCUUCAGACUCACCACAUCCCUCCGCCGUUAUUCAGGCUUUCUGGGAACUUUCUGAACGACGAAAGCGAAUAUUGUGCAAAGAAUGCUUCGAGCACCACCUCCCAGAUGAAUACGUUCCCCCCAAGCCGUGCUGUUGCACAUUCCGAUCUCGUUUCCUCGAUCGUUGGUUGUGUUUGAAGUGCUACCAGCGCGAGGAACGAUUUAUCAAGACGUUUCCGCAUGGUCUCAAAGUAUACCAUUCCGCUGAUUAUGCGUCCGUAUACCUAAAGAAAUGCACGUGUGGCGGAAAUAUAGACGGAGAACCCCGCGUUCUAUGCCUCUGGUGCUGGGGGGAAGUGGGGGCAAAUAUCGUAGAGCGCCAGGAUGGGGCAACUAAGGCUUGAAUCUAUC